AUGGGCAAUCCACUGUACCCUGGCAACGGCUCUCGGUUCACAGCUCCAUCCUCGUCGACCUUGUCCUCAUCCUCGUCCUUCGCGCCCGGCCUGCGCGGUGGCUCCUUCUCCACACCUAGCUCCAGGAGCUCCAAGCCCGGCAACGAAUACGACCCCUCGUUUCACCCUGGCAUCCUCAACCUCGGAAACACGUGCUUCCUCAACUCAGUCAUCCAGGCAAUCGGCAACACAAAAGACUUUCGGCUGCUCAUUGAGGGUCCCCCGGUCUCGGUUGCAUACUCAGAGGAGCCGCCAACGCCAACAGCGACUCAGGCUGCUGCCAGACACAACCAAUGGCCCAAUCGAGCUCAAAGCCCCGCCCUACGCGUGAGCGACAAUGAGCAUGGACGCCGCAUCCAUCAUCAACCAAGUCAGAGUGACAGCUUGGAUUCGUCCUUGGCCUCUCUCAACACCCUCCCUGCCCAUGACCCCAUCGCCACCAUCCGACCCACCAAGCUGCCACUACCUCCAGUGACCCCUGCCUCACCACAACGGAACAUUUCUUCUGCUUCCUCGUCUCACUCAGCAUACGAGCCGGAUGUGCUCGAUCUGCCACUCAACACAGCCUUCCGCCAUGUUCUCGAAAAGUUCUGGGCCGACGGCCACAAGUCCCGCGCCUCGGCCAAUGUCAACCCGAAGCGCCUUCUCAACCAGAUUGGCAAAAAGUACGACCAGUACCUCGAAUAUGGUCAGCAGGAUGGUCAUGAGCUCAUGCGCCACCUCCUCGACGCUUGUCGCAUGGAAGAGCUGGAUGUCAUCAAGAAGAUGCGCCCACCACCACCCAGCAAACGCGCCAAAAUGGAUAGAACUUCGACCUCGGCAACAGUGACGCCCGACAAAGAAGCUUCAGGAUUGCCGCUGAAUCAACUCACCCCGGCUGAUGUGGAAAACGGUCAACUUCUGCCGCCCCAGACACAGUCGGCUGCUGUACGAGCGGAUGAGGCUGCACCAGGGCCGUCCGACGAGGAAUUGCUCCCAUUUCUCGAUCUACUCUUUUGCGGAAAGCUGGCGAGCAUGGUUGUCUGCGAGGGAUGCAGAACCGUCUCACACACCUAUGAGGACUUCUACGACAUCAGCCUCAGUCUGCGCGACGAUGCCAGCAACCCCAACUCGCGCAAACGACACCGUCUGCGCAGCAUGGCCGACCGAUGGAGGCGCGCGACGCAGGGACGCACCAUCAUGGAUCGCAAAUCGGCGGCCGCAGCCACUGCCGCUGGCUCAGACUCGAUCACUCCUGUCGGCACUCCGCGCUACAGCGAGACGGAAGCCAGCGAUGCAGACUCCAACGCGCUCAAACCUAAGAAGUCGGCCGGCCUGCUCUCGCCCUCGGACGAAGGAGGGCGUGGACGCUUCCAGCUGCGAACACGGAGUCUGAGGAAGAGCAGCGGGCGCCACGAGAAGCUGGGCGCUACAUCAGGUAGCGAAAUGGAACCCGACUUCCCGGACAUGGCGUCCCUCUCGUUGGCACCCACCUCUGCCCCUCGACCCUACAACGAGUCGGCGCCUGCGUCGGCAGGCGAAGACAAUGGAGACACUCGCACCAACACGCGUGUGGCUCGGAUGCUCGGCAGCACCGAUGGCGCAGCCAAUGCCAGCAGUCGCGAAACCAGUCCCAAGCCUCCCACAGGCAGUCGGUCCGCUGCGACGCCCUUCUCUGGCGAUAUGCGUCCGCCGCUUCGUCCCGCCAAGUCGUCGUCGCAUCAAUCCGCGUACAUCGCUCGCAUCAUGGCCGACGAUCCGACCACCGCCAAGGCUACUGCGACCGCCUCGCAGAAAGCGGGCGCGCCUCCGCAGCUCUUUGAUGCUGUCACGGCAGCCGCAGCUGCGCAAGGCAAGCCCUUGCACGGUUACUUCCGCUCCGUCGGUGCAGGAGCUCGCGUCCAAGACCCCUGUGCCGACUUCGAGCCCAACCCCAAAUCGCAAGGCGCAAAACGACGCCACAAGACGCGCGAGGAGCAGUCGACGACGGGCUUGAUCUCAGCGCUCCGCCAAUUCACCAGCGUCGAAGUGCUCGACGGCGAAAACAGCUUUGCCUGCAAGAAGUGUUGGCGCCUGGCGAACCCACCCAACGCGCAGGAACGAGAGCAGAUCCGAAGACGACGGAGGCGCAAAGGGGUUGCUGCUGCAGAUGUGGACGACGAAGAAGGAAGCGAGCCGAGCAGCUCCGACGGUGAAGCUAGCCGAGUCGAGUCGAAGCCGAGGCAAAAUCCUGCUACCGUGGGCGACGAAACGUUGACCAGCUCCAACAUGGCCAACAGCAUGUCGACUUCCGCUUCGACCAGCCACAGUAUGCACGCCAGCAGCAGUAUCGACUCGAUCAUGACCGGCUCGAGCGCCUCGCUUCCCUCGCAUCCACGAUCCGACAUUCCGACCAUUUCGAUGACGUCGGCUGACACCAACACCGUCAGAACUGAGCUCACCAUCCCGAGCUCACAGGGCAGCAGCAUCGUGGCGAGGGACUACGAGGGCACGGUUGGCUCAGCGUCGUCGAAUGGCAGCAACGAGAAGGUGCCGAAGGUGCCGACCAGCGGAUCUAGAUCGAGUCUUGACAGUGCCGAUGAGCCGACGCAUCACCGCGAUCGUCUCGCCCCGGGCAAAGGCUACGAGACCGGCACCGAGACGGACAUGUCUGGCUUCUCGACCGGAAUGGAAGAGUCGAAUGCUUCGACCGGCGAGGGCACGGACACGGAAGCGGAUCGCAAAGGCGCAGUAGGUGCAGGUGCAAUUAGGCUUUCAGCUGCCGAGCGAAGCGGACCGAAGCGAUCCGCACAAAGUCUCCCUCGACGUGCGCUCAAGCGAUAUCUCAUUGCGUCUGCGCCGCCAGUGCUCAUCUUCCACCUGAAGCGAUUCCAGGCCACAGGACGUGGAUUCGUGUCCGGCCUGGCAGGCUUCAAGAAGAUCGACGACAUGAUCACCUUCCCAGAGUACCUUGACAUAACUCCUUGGCUGGCACCGCCGAGAGAGGAGUACGACCGACGCGGACGACUCAAGGCAUCGAGCGAUCCGAUCGCCAUUCGCAGACGUGCAGAGGAGGAGGCGACCCACGCCGGCAUCGAUGCGCGUCAUGUGAAGGUGGAGAUGUCCAAGGCCCACGGAAGACACCGCUGGGGUCAUCAUGGAGACGGAAAGGGUAGGAAACACGGCAUGUGGUCUUGGCAUCUCAGCGAUACUCGAUCCGCCCACAGCGGUCGAGCUGCAGCGAACGGCGGCGGAGACUUGGACGAGGGUCCGAAGGUGCAUGGCUCGAACGGACUUGAGAUCGUGCCGUCGGUCAUUCGCAGGCCCAAGACCGAGUACAGGCUGUACGCCAUCAUUGUGCACCAGGGCUCGCUGUCAGCUGGUCACUACACGGCCUACGUGCUGUCUGACAGGAUCAAGCUCAAGGACGGCCACAAGGAGAUGGUGGCUCGUUCUGCACCGACAAGUCGUACCAACACGCCUGCGCCGCUGAGUGCCAAUCCAGUCGCAACCAAUGGGAAAGAAGGUGGUGGCAUCGCUGGUGGGUUCGGAUCCUUCUUCCUCGGAGGCAAACCGUCGCGUUCCAACGCACCUUCUCCUGCGCCCGUCGUGGUCCGACCUGCCUCCGCAGCGCCAGCCUCGUCGUCGGUGGCCAUGACGAGUGCUCCGUCGAACAGCAGCGUCUCUGGCUCGUCUUCGCACGACAUUGCACCUCAAACAUCCAUAUCCUCGCUCGAGACGGACAAUAGUCAACGCUCCGCCGGAAGCGGCAGCGAUUCCGUCGCCUCUCAAGGACCUAAGCUGAUCCGUCCACAACCGCAGCUCAAGCCUAUGGCGAGCUGGGACAGUCUCGACGAGCUCGAGCAGUUGCAUGCCGAGAACGGCGCACCAGCACCGAACGGCAGCUCUACUCCUACACCUGCUGCGAUCGGUUCCAAACCCCUCGAACCGACACCUGCAGUGCCCACCGUGGCGAGUCACAACAGCAACGCUCACCGUCACGUCGAGGACCACGCUGCCAAAGACGGUGAUGCGGACGACGAUGUCGAUCCUAGAAAGCGAGAUGAUGGACGCAGGUGGGUCUACACCUCGGACACGAUCGUCCGCGCCGCGACCAUCGACGAGGUGCUCAAGGCCAAAGCGUACAUGCUGUUCUACGAGCGGCUGUGA